UUUCUGUUCCGUGGAAAACUCUCAGUGUCUGAGGCUAGGGGCGCUAGUUAGAUUCUUUGCAUCGCCAAGGGGAUGGAGAAUAAUAUUUGUGACGGACUAGGUAUUCAUCUCAUAUCAAACUUGGAAUUAUUCGAAAAUAAUUCGAUUCCAAGUUUCGAGUACUGUCGUUUUAUUCACUUUUUACUGUCACUUGUCAGUGUCAAUUGAUCAGCUGGACAGCUGACUUAAAUCUUUUGAUUUGACAUUAUAUUAACUAUACAGUACACACAGUGAAAAUAUUUUGUUCGAUGUAUUGUAGAACUGUUUUUUUAUAAAUUGGAUCAAUGCCGUAAAGAAGGUAGUAAUCGUUAAACCGACACGGUAAUUGUUAUUGUGUAUUGCCUGCUAUAUUAAACACUGUUUACGGCACUACACUGAUUAGAUCAACACAUAAAUGCACAUAGCGACGGAGGCGUAACUAGUGAUAAGACGGUGCCGGCCGCCCAGCAAGCGGAGUACAGGCGCAGAGAUACGAGCUAUCAGCGAGCGCGAGCCACUGCGACAGCGACACUUGUUACUAGCUGAAUUGAACGUAGUAGCCGUCUCGACAGGCUCCUGACUGCAACAACUUCACAACUGCAUUCUGAGAUCGAGAUGGGCGUGGAGCGCGAGGUGAACGGCGUGCGCGUGGCGGCCGUGGGCGAGGUCAACAGCGAGCACUACGACGCGCUCGUCCUGGUGACGGCGCCCGGCCUGGUGCCGCCGCAGGCGCUGGAGGACUUCGUGGCGGCCGCGCGCCAACUGGACGCCGAGCUGGACCGCACGCCCGCGCUGCUGCAGUGCGCGCGCGUGUCGGGCGCCCGCCUCGUGCUGGCGCCCACGGGUCCGCUGGGCGAGUACGAGGACGUGCGCGCCGUGCGCGACGCGGCGCGCGCGGGGCUGGCGCGGGCGCUGGCGGCGGGCGCGCGCCGCCCGGCGCUAGUGCUGCAGCCGCUGCCGCGCUGGCCGGACGCGCCGCUCGUGGCGCUGCUGGCCGCGCUCGAGUUGCUCUACGUCUACAAUACUCAGGAUUUGCCCGGCAAUGUGAGCAAGAGACAUUCUCCGGCCCAACCGCUGCAAGUCCGAGAGACAUUUCCUGAGCUGGCGCACAAGGUGACGGCUCUCGGCGUGUACUCGGAGGGGCUGCAGGGCUCUGUCGACGACCUGCUGCGGGAAGCCGUGGCGCUGGAAGCGGGCAGGGCCGCGGCGCGCGACAUCGGCGGCGCCGACCCCGAGCGCAUGACGCCGCUGCGCACGGCGGACUACGUGCGCGCGCUGUUCGGGGCCGCGUCCGCCGUGCGCGUGCGCGUCAUGGACCAGCGCGCGCAGCUCGAGCACCACUACCCGCUGCUGGCCGCCGUGGACCGCGCCGCCGCCUCCGUGCCGCGCCACCGCGGUUGCGUCAUCUUCCUGGAGUACGAGCCCGACAGCUACGAGCGCACCGUGAUGCUGGUGGGCAAGGUGAGCGCGCGCGAGUGUGUGUGUGUGUGUGUGUGUGGCGGUGUAGUGACGCGGCGUGCGAUUGGUCCGCAGGGCGUGACGUACGACACGGGCGGCUGCGACAUCAAGGCGGGCGGCGUCAUGGCGGGCAUGUCGCGCGACAAGUGUGGCGCCGCCGCUAUCGUCGGCUUCCUUAAGGUCUGCGACGAGCUGCGGCCGGCGCUGAAGGUGGUGGCGUCGCUGGGCAUGGUGCGCAACUCCGUGGGCGAGGAGGCCUACGUGGCCGACGAACUGCUGCGCAGCCGGCGCGGGCUGGCCGUGCGCGUGGGCAACACGGACGCCGAGGGCCGCCUCGUCAUGGCCGACCUGCUGGCGGAGCUGGCGGCGCGCGCGGCGGCGGAGCGCGCGCCCAUGCUGUACACGGUGGCCACGCUGACGGGGCACGCGGCGCGCGCCUACGGCCGCGGCUACACGGCCGUGCUGGACUCGCACGCCGCGCGCGGCCACGCCGCCGCCUUCCGCGCCGCCGCCGAGCGCCUGGGCGACAUGGUGGAGCUGUCCGUGCUGCGGCGCGAGGACCUGGCGGCGCACGCGGGGCGCGGCCGCGACCAGCUGCACCAGGCGGAGAGCGCGGCGUCGGUGUCGCUGCCGCGCGGUCACCAGGCGCCGGCCGCCUUCCUGCUGCUGGCGGCGGGGCUGGAGGCCGGCGACGUGCCGUACGCGCACCUGGACGUGGCGGCCAGCGCGGGCGACCUGCCGGACGACCCGACGGCGGCGCCGCUGCUGGGCCUGGCCGCCUACUACGGGCUGGUCGCCAAGCGCUAGCUCGCCCGCGACCUACGAAAACAGUUCCGCACCAUCGUGGACACAGCACGGAGUACAUCGUUGCAUAAUAACCGAUCACAAUAUAUUUUUGGAAUUUUUUUUGGUAUAAAGAUGUUUAAUAGUAAUGAUAACUUGUUCAAUAUUCACUAUUU